AUGCGUGUCCGGUCAAAAAGCCCCUCGGUAUACUCGAUCUCUUCUGACGAAGAGUCUGAUUUCGCCCCAAGCUCGCCUGAUGACAAGCCAUCUGCCAAACGUAAACGAGUUUCUACCUCUGCCUCGACUAAGGGCAAACCAAAGCCUGUCACUGUCAAAAGAAAAGUGCCAGCACCGAAAAAGGCGGGCGAAGUGGGCGAUAUUGAAGAUGCCGGAAAUGUGAUCCCGAGACGGCAUGCGAUGGAGUAUCAUGAUGUUCAUGAUAUCGUGGGUGGUCAGAGGGAUCUACUUGACUGGUUUGAAGGUGUUCGGGAGAAGAGAGGUAUGCCGUGGAGGAAGCGGUAUAAUCAUGAUCUGAGUAUGGAAGAGAAAGGACAACGGGCAUAUGAGGUAUUGAGCGAAAUCAUGCUUCAACAGACUCAGGUUACCACUGUGAUCGCCUAUUGGGAGAGAUGGGUAGCCAAGUGGCCCACCAUCGCCGACCUUGCCAAAGCCGAUAUCGAAGAAGUCAACGCAGCAUGGCGCGGCCUGGGCUACUAUCGUCGUGCCAAAUCACUCCUCACCGGUGCUCAAACCGUCAUGUCCGACCCUAGAUACCAAGGGAGAUUACCUGAUGAUCCGGCGGUGCUGGAGAAGGAUAUCGCUGGGGUGGGGCGGUAUACUGCUGGGGCUAUAUGUUCCAUGGCCUACGGCGUCCGAACACCUAUCGUUGACGGAAACAUCCACCGCCUUCUCACCCGCCUUCUCGCCAUCCACGCCCCACAAGCCGCUCCUCAGACUAUCAAACACCUCUGGGCCGCCGCCACCGAGCUUGUCUCGCUCUUACCAUCGGAGACGGAAGGAGUAGCGGGCGAUUGGAAUCAAGGGUUGAUGGAGCUCGGAAGCCAGGUUUGUAAACCCGUCUCGCCAGAGUGUGGCGGGUGCCCUGUGAAGACAGUUUGUAAAGCUUCUGCUGAGUUGAAAGCCCCGCUACCUCUUCCGUCAACAUCCAGCGAAUGUUCCCUCUGCCACCCCAUCCCCCAAGAGAAGGCUGAUUCCCAAAUAACAUCGGUCACAGUCUUCCCAAUGAAGAAGGAGAAGAAGGCGUCAAGGGUAGAGGAAGAGGAUGUCUGUGUACUUGAAUGGCGGGGACAAAGAGGCAAGAGAAGAUGGUUGUUUGUCAAACGGCCUGAUAAAGGCCUCCUAGCAGGUCUCUUCGAACCACCCACAACCCCCGUCUCUGCCGGCCUCUCAGCACCCGAACGGCUGCACGCAUCAAUCAUCACUCUUUCCGACUACCUCGACGUAUCCGAACCUCCCAACCUUUUUGAUGAUAUGAUGGAGGGGGCAAAAGAGAAGGGAAGUGUGGCGCACAUCUUUUCGCAUAUCAACAUGACGUACCAUAUCCAUCUUCUCACCCUUCCCUCGAGCUCGUCCUCCGAACCACCCGAUAUCCUCAGAACAGCCCCAAGACAAGCGUUUUGGUUGUCGGGAGAAGAAGUUGAGAGCGCGAAUGUUGGUACGGGCGUGAAGAAGGUGUGGGCGGAAGUGUAUGGGCGGUGGGGGAGUUUUGAAGAGUCUUCUUCUGGCGCUGCUGGGGCGGGGAAGGGGAAGAAGGUUGUGAAAAAGCAAAAGACGACGGCUGCUCCAAAGGGGAAAGGCGGAUGGCAGAAGGUGGCUAAAUCUGCCUUGAGCGAUGAAGAGGGUGAGAAUGGGAAAGUGGUGAAGAAGGUGAUGAUGCCGAUGAUGCCUGCUAAACGGAAAGCGGCCCGAGCGGAGGAAGAGUGA